AUGGCGGAUGAACUAACGGAUGUGCCCGAGGCGAGUCUGCGCAACCUAAUGGCACAAACGUCACUCCAAUGGAUCUUUGUAGGUGGAAAGGGAGGCGUAGGGAAGACCACUACUUCUUGUUGUCUGGCUAUUCAGUUGGCAGCACAACGUGAGAAGGUGCUUGUCGUAUCCACGGACCCGGCACACAAUCUCAGCGAUGCUUUUGGACAAAAGUUUACACGGGAGCCGACGCCUGUAAACGGCUUUUCAAACUUGGCGGUCAUGGAGAUUGACCCUAAUGUGGACCUGGAGGAAAUGAACGCUGAUGGUGUGCAGGACAAUUCGGGCAUGGCCUCAUUCAUGAAGGACCUGACAAAUUCCAUCCCCGGUAUUGACGAGGCCAUGAGCUUCGCAGAGCUUAUGAAACAGGUGCAGAACAUGGAUUACUCGGUCAUUGUGUUUGACACAGCCCCGACGGGCCACACAUUGCGUUUGCUAAGCUUCCCUACGGCGCUGGACAAGGCUUUUGACAAGAUCUUGUCGCUUAAGAACCAAUUCUCCGGCAUGUUCUCGCAAAUCUCGUCGAUGCUGGGCGGUGCCCUACCGUCGCAGGAAUUGUUGUUAGGCAAGCUUGAACAGACGCGCGAGGUCAUUCAAAAGGUGAACACUCAAUUUAAGGACCCAGAACGCACUACCUUUGUGUGCGUGUGUAUUCCGGAGUUCCUGUCGCUAUAUGAAACCGAGCGACUCGUGCAGGAGCUUACUAAAUACGAGAUCGACGUGCACAACAUUGUGGUGAACCAGGUGCUGUAUCCAGAAGAGGGAUCGACGUGCAAGAACUGCAGUGCCCGACAGAAGAUGCAGCAGAAGUACAUUGACCAGAUUUACGACCUGUACGAGGACUUUCACGUGGUGGAGAUGCCCCUACUGAAUGAGGAGGUGCGUGGCGUGCCCUCACUGACCGCUUUUUCUGCGAACCUGCUCGCACCGUAUGAACCCAACCAGUAA